AUGGCCGACUCCCAGCUUGGCCGCGAUCAAGAUGACGGUGGGGACCCGGAAUGUCUGCAACGGACUCAGUCACGAAGAGGGCAACUACCCGCGGGACGCUGGCUCUGGACCGCUGAUUUGAGUAUUGUUACACCCGUGGCUGACUCUAACAAUCGUCAAGAAACACAGCACAGGCCUCGCAGAGCAUGGGCGAGAGAUGACCUGGGUAUCCGCAGGCUCAAAGAGCAUGCAGUGGACUCGAAGUAUGAGACUUCUUCCGGAAAUUACCUACCGAGAUAUCCUGCGCCGGUAUUACCUAGAAAAUGUGUCAACCACAAUAGCCCAUCGGACGUCUUGCCAAGGCCCCCUGCAAAAGCCACGAGGCCAAACGAUUCCCUUCCAAGUCCAGCCCGUCCAGUCCCUGGGAGUGAGUCAAAGAUGAUGCGGCAACCAGAAACUCGACCAAUUAGCCAGGAUCAACUCGUGGCGGAGGUCAAAAGUAUUUAUGCCGGCCUGGUUAUGGUUGAAACAAAAUGCAUCGAAGUCGACAAAGCCCAGUCCCCCGAGGAAUGUCUCAGCCGUGAAGAAUGGCAGCAGCUUAUUGCGUUUCAUCGCUAUCUAUUACAUGAGGAUGAUGAUCCCUUCAACACCUCAUCUUCAAAGACAUCGCAGGAUUACGAACUUGGAGCUCUCCUAUCUGAAGUGUCGCUACGCUCGCGGAGUUUCUGCCGCCUCAAUAGCCGGUUGCUACCACUUUUGCAAGCUGCAAAGCGUACCCCUUCAUGCGUACAAUUUGUCGAGUUCAUGACCCUUAUUGGCACUCUCUCCGACAUACUCAGAAGAUACAGUUCCUUACUAGAUUUCAAAGACACAAUAUUGACGGGUUUGUUUGAUUUGAUCACGUCAAUCAUCAGAAGGUUGAGCUCGAGAUUCAGAUCCGCAUACGAGGAGCUGAAAUGCAGGAACGCAUCGACUCAGAUAAUAUUUGAGUUUCCUAAUAAUAUGCGGCAUGUCUGUACGACAAUGCCCUGGACCAUAUUGCCUGCACUGCUGGUACUAUGGGGUGUUUGUUGGAUGUUCAUCCUCGGCCCUGGUGAUCUUGAGCCUGAAAAGUUCAAAGCGCCUGUUCCGACGUUCUCACCAGCUCCAGCUGCCUAUGACUUUUUUGACAACUCGGACCAAGCGUACUACAAUUUUGGCCUGCAGAGCUUUUUUAUGCCCGAAACUAGUACGACAGGCUUUGAGCACCCUACUAUCGACAGCCUCCCGUUCGACAACGAUGGCGCCGGUGUUGAUCCCAUAUACUUGGUUCAAGCUGCUCCUCAAGAUCCAGUCUUUUUGUCUUUUGACGUGUUACCGAGGAACAGUGCAGGGAUUAUGGAACCGUCGUCGAAAGAAGGGAUCACUGAAGCACUGCCAGCUGCUGUCACUCCAGAUUCAAUACUACAGUCCUACGGAGCCACGAACAGCCAAGAGCCAUUAAAUGCAAUGGUUAAUGUUGCAUCGGUUGAUCAGGGAGUUCAAAAUACUGGUGUCCAGAAGAGCACAUCUUCCUUUGUAUGUCCGAAAUGCCAGCAGACAUUUGCAACAUCCUUUACUCUCAACCGACAUCAGAAAGAAGCGCACAAGGAUGCAGCAUCCAGCCCUGAACAGUCGUUUCCAUGCCCGAACAGAGGCUGUAAGAGGUCAGAGGGAGGGACUUCCUUCCCACGUCUUUAUAAUCUGAGAAGACAUCUUCAUAUUUGCAAUCACGAUCCGAAGGCUUCGACCUCAUCGGCCGAGUCGGACGGCACAGAAGAGCAGUCAGUGUCUCAUCCAGUUUCAACACCCGCCCCACCUGCUAAGCUACAGCCUGCCGAGCCACUAUCAGAUUGUUCAUCGGGAGAGAGCAGCGCUAGAAAAAGGUCGAGGUCUGAAAAUGAUGGGGAGGAAAUCGGUGAUGACUGGAGCGAGGAAUCAUUGCUGAGAGAGAUGAAAAAGAAGCUCAAGCGAAUGGCUCAAGAGGUCAAAGAGAAGGAAGAUGCAUAUCUCCGGGCUCGGGAGGGGCUAGAAUCCAUUCAAAAGACCAUCCAAGUCAUGGAGGACUCGCUCCGAAAGUCCUAGUCGGCGUUUGACUCAUCGCUCCGAGGAGGUCAGGCUCAAAAAUUGAUAGGAUGGAAGAUCAGAUCAGAUGGAUUGUUUUUGUGAAAGAUAACCACAUAUGUAGCGCUCACUAGACUAGACUAGGUAACCACUUACGGAUAUCUAAACGCUGAAUAUUCCCUC